ACUCUACGUUUGCACUUAAAAGGAGGAAGACGUGAGAUUGAAAAGCCUCAUUUUCUUUUUGUUCCUUUGCGGAAUUUACUAUAAAUAAUAUUCAAAAAUGGCUCCUAAACAAAGAAUGCGUCUGGCUAACGAGAAAGCCAUGAAGAAUGUCACUUUGAGAGGAAAUGUACCAAAAUCAACGAAACAAAGUCAAGAAUCAUCACCUGUAGGACCAUGGCUAUUGGCACUUUUUGUGUUUGUAGUAUGUGGAUCCGCCGUUUUCCAAAUCAUUCAAUCAAUCCGCAUGGCUUAAUAUUGUAAAUCUUAUAUUUUAUUUAAAAAUAUAUGUUUUAUUUGGAUUUUU